AUGUCUUCAGGAGCGCAAGCCAAGGGAAUCUGGGUGAGCGUGAUGGUUGGCUGCUGUGGAAGACGUCGGACAAAGAAGGUGCAGGAGAAUCACCCAGCCGCAGAGAACACGAUCACUACAUCCUCGGUGGCACAAACCUCAAGCGUCGAGAAUCCCGGAGGGCACGAGGAGGUCAUAGCAGACGGUCACAAAUGGCUGGUCCCAGGCGUUGGCAGUUUUGGCAACCGAGCUGUGUACACGUUUGAAGGACAUUCGCUGCCCGAAGGUCUCACGAAGAGCAACUACACUAUUCGAUGCAAGAAUUCCGGCGAUAUUCCUUUCAAUAAGCGAUUUGACCCGGCGAACGUUCGGUGCUCAAAGGGAUAUCUCCGUUUGGCAGUUCCAGGAGGCCAGAAACCCUCCAAGCAGACUGGCUACGCAGUCAGCUGUGCGGAGGUAACGACCGUGGAGGAGAAGAUCCUGUAUGGGAGCUUUCGAACUACUGCCAUCUUCAGCGCGGAACCCGGCACCUGCCAUGGGAUUUUCUUCUACAAGAGCGACACUCAGGAGUGCGAUAUCGAAUACGUGACCGAUCCAGCAUCCUUAUCAAACAACGGUCCCGAUAACCCAAUACCCCUUUGGUACACGAAUCAAGCCUUGGAUCCAACGAAAGUGGACAAAUCAUGCGAAAGCGGGCCUGCUCCCUCUAACUGCACCGCGCACACCCAUGAGUAUCGAAUCGACUGGACCGCGGACUUCACAGCCUUUUACAUAGACGGGGUCUGCCAGAAGAAUUUCACCAACAACAUUCCGAACGUGCCAGGCCAAUUGGUCUGGAACAACUGGGCAAACGGUGACAAAGGUUGGGCAGCUGGACCGCCGAAUCGCGAAAAUGUCUUCAAGAUUCAGAAAAUCGUCAUGUACUACGACACUGCGCCUAACGAGUCAGGUGAUUCUGGAUGA